AUGUCUAACGCUCGAGAGCAUUGGGGUCUUUCUUGCACAACCGGAGGCAGAUUUUACAUCUGUGAAGAUGACGAUACGCAAUUCAUUGGCUGUUGUCUGAGCGAUCCUUGUGGUAGGAACAACGGCACCUGUCCAGACGGUGACUUGCGCGCAACGACCUUCGCGUCUGAUACAUACGCGGAUCUCCCAGCUCAGGACUGCGACAACUCUCAAGGCGUCGACAACUGGUACACAUGUGCCUAUACCACUCCGCCAUUUCUAGGGUGCUGCAGUCAAAACGCUUGUGGAUCGGGUUGCCCAAGGAACAGAUUGGUGCCAGCCAAGCUAUCCAAGAAUGAGAACAACAGACUCAACUUCUUAAACCCCCGGGAAAGCGGGAGUACUACUUCUUCCACUGCCUCAGAGACAGCCUCUGCGACGGCUUCGAGCACUACUACGGCGGCUUCGGGUACCUCUGCAACGGCUUCGAGCACCUCUGCAGUUGAGGCGGGCGACGAUGGCGGCUUGGGUACCGGGGCUGUGGCCGGUAUAGCUGUUGGUGCGGCAGUGGGAGGUCUGAUCAUACUCAUUCUUUUGUUCUGGCUGUUCUGGUGGAAGCCCCGAGAGAAGAAGAAGCAACAAUCGGGAACUUCUGUCGCACACUAUGCACCUCCGGCUGCACCUGCAAUGAGCCAGAGUCCAUACUCGCCUACAGAUGGCAGUUUUCAUCAAGUCGCCUUCAAGGCACAAUCUCCGAUGAGUGGCUACCAACAAUCCUUCGCUUCGACACCAACGGUUCCAAGCCACCAUCACAGUGGCGUAUCCCCCAUGGACCGAUUCCAGGAGUAUUCACCCAACCUGUCUCAGUCCGACCGACCUCAAUCAUACGGGCACUUCACUGAGUACACACAAAACCCCGGUCUCCCGCACUACCAGCAAGUAUAUAACCAACACCAAAUUCCUGUCGUUUCAGAAAUGGACGGUAUCACGAGGAUGCCACAAGAAAUGAGCGCUGGGUCAGAGCACCGCGUGCAACGCAACUCGAGCAUUGGCCCGGAGGUUUUGGAUUUUGAUCCUAGAUUGAAUGCGAUGAAAUGA